CUAUCGGCCCUGCCUGUAUAGACAGAGCUGAGGGUGACUCCCCAGUCCCUCCCUGUGCAGCAGCAGCCAAUCAGCCCUGGUAAUGGCAGGAGGUAGUGACUGGGGGCUCCGGGGUGUACUGAGCAUACUGAGGGCUCUUCCUGAGACAGGGACUGUGUCAUGAGAGUAAUGUUACGCACUGGUAGCCUGUCAUUGUGCUGUGUGGACGCCUGAGACCCGCCCAAGAUCCUUUCUCGACUUCUCUGGUACUCUCACCGAAAUAGACUGUUCUGGUCAACAACAGGGUCAACAGGAAAACCCGGAACGCAGUCUCUUGGGAUGCCGUCUCAACAGUGCUGCCUCUCAGUCUUCCCGAAACGGACACUCCAGUGAUACGAUAUUCUUUCCGAGUCAGCGACUUUUCUAUAAAUUGAGAUGGCGUUUUUUGGACUGAUGCCAUAUAGGGCCCAUGUCUAUCAGUGUGCCCAUAUACUCAGGGCAGGAGUGCUCAGGGGUUCCUGCCGCAACCUACAUGUGACAAGCAGGUAUGCUGCCAAAGAGUAUUAUGACGUGGUUGUUGUUGGAGGUGGAGCCGGUGGGAUCACCAUGAGUGCGCGUAUGAGGAGAAAAGUUGGAGCUGGAAACGUUGCCGUCAUAGAGCCAAGUGAGACACACUACUACCAGCCAAUUUGGACUCUUGUUGGUGGCGGUGCCAAGAAACUGGCAAGCUCUGCUCGCCCUACUUCGAGCCUGAUCCCAUCCGGUGUCAAAUGGAUCAAAGCGGAAGUGAAAGGCUUUGAUCCUGACAAAAACUGUGUCCGCAUAGAUGACGAUAAAGAGAUAGGCUACAAGUAUUUAAUCAUUGCCCUUGGAAUCAAAUUGCAGUUUGAAAAGGUCAAAGGACUGCCAGAAGGAUUCAGCUAUCCCAAAAUUGGCUCGAACUACUCUGUAAAAACUGUAGAAAAAACCUGGAAGGCUCUUCAAGACUUUAAAAAAGGAAACGCCAUUUUCACCGUCCCUACCACACCAGUGAAAUGUGGAGGAGCUCCACAGAAAAUCAUGUAUUUAAGUGAUGCAUAUCUCAGAAAAACAGGAAAACGAUCUGAUGCCAACUUCUACUUCAACACUGCUUUGGGCGCCGUAUUUACAGUGAAGAAGUACACAGAUGCCCUGUUAGAGAUAAUCAAGGAGCGGGAUAUCCAUGUCAACUACAAACACAACCUCAUUGAAGUGCGGGCAGACAAGCAGGAAGCCGUGUUUGAGAACCUUGAUAAUCCAGGAGAGACCAAAGUUUUCCAGUAUGAAAUGCUUCAUGUAACCCCUCCGAUGGGACCCCAAGAUGUACUAGUGAACAGUGCCGUGGCAGACGCAGUUGGCUGGGUGGAUGUAGACAAAGAGACUCUACAGCAUAAGAAGUACCCCAAUGUUUUUGGCAUAGGCGACUGCACAAACCUACCAAUAUCAAAAACAGCUGCUGCCGUCGCUGCCCAGUCGGCAGUACUGGAUAAAACAAUUUCUAUGGUGAUGAACAACCAAACUUCCACAGCCAAGUAUGACGGAUACACUUCAUGUCCACUGGUGACUAACUACAACAAAGUGAUUCUGGCUGAGUUUGACUAUAAUGCUCAACCUCUGGAGACUUUCCCUAUAGACCAAAGCAAGGAGAGAAGAACAAUGUUCUACAUGAAAGCAGAAAUGAUGCCAUUCCUGUACUGGUACAUGCUUCUCAAGGGAUAUUGGGGAGGACCAGCUCCCAUCAGGAAGUUAUUGCAUCUUGGUUUUAAAAAGUAAAAAUGCAUAAAAAUAAAUUUUCAUGUUACAAACCGUACCAUCAGCUGAACAUGUGCCAGCGCGUAUUGCUAAAUGCAUUACAGCAGUCAUUCAAGACACAUUCUAGAGCACAGUUUUAGGAAACGGAAAGCCACAUUGUUUUAGGUUAACUCUUGUUAUUUUCUCUUACCAUGACCGAUUUUGUUGUACUGCUGCCACAAUCAUGUUAUUUUUACAAACAUAAAUUAUUUUUGUCUAAAUAAAUAAAACCCUUUGAGAACAAUGUUGAAA